GGGGCGGGGCGACGCCACAAGGGGUGCGCCUGGAGCUGCGCGGGCGCGGGGAGAGAGCUCCGGGCCCAGUUCCGGGCGCCGAGGGCCGGCGUUCGGAGGCGUUCCCGCCUUGGCGUGUGGUGGGCGCUCGGAUUGGCAGCCCAGGGGUUAGAGCUGCUCCCCGAGACCUCUGCUGCCAAAUGUGGUCGCAGCAGUGACUCGGCUCCUUCCUCCAGCGGCGCGGGGCUGACUUCCCGCCCGGGUCAGACCCUGAGCUUGGCACCUGCAGGGGUCUGCGAAGACCUGGGCCCGAUCCUCCGAGGAGAGUACAGUCUGUGAGGGCAGUCUAUGCCCUUUAGAGCAGCAUGGAUCUGCCUGUGGCUGAGUGGAAAUCAUACCUACUUCAAAAGUGGUCUUUACUCCCGAAGUCCAUUCAGGUCACAGUUUCUACAGCAGAGACUUUGAGUGAUGUCUUUCUUCACUCCUCUUCACUUCUUCAACCUGAGGAUGAGAUAUUUCUAAAAAGACUUUCUCAAGGUUACUCCGUGGGAAAGGAUUCUGGCGCUCCCCUUUUCUACAGAGAAGAGGGAAACAAAACAUUUCAGGAGAAAGAUUACACAGUAGCUGCAGUGCUGUACUCUAAGGGAGUGUCACAUUCAAGGCCUAACACUGAGGACAUGUCACUGUGUUAUGCUAACCGCUCGGCAGCUCUCUUCCACCUGGGUCAGUACGAGAUGUGCCUUAAAGACAUUAUCAGAGCACAGACGCAUGGGUAUCCAGAAAGAUUGCAACCCAAGAUAAUGUUACGUAAAGCAGAAUGUCUGAUGGCCCUGGGGAGACUACAGGAGGCGCGCCAGACCAUCAGUGAUCUUGAAAGGAACUUCACUGCCAGCCCAACCCUAGCAGAUUUCCCCUCUCAGAGUGUGCAGAGAAACCUCCAUCUUCUGAAAAUGAAAGCACAAGACAAGGAGAAUCUCACAGAAACCUUCCCGGUAGCUCUUGCCAAAACCCUUGAGGGUGUGGACCUAAGAGAAGAGAAUAAACAACUUUCCAAUGCCUCAUCAUCUGUUGGCUUAUGCAUGGAUCCUUUAAAAGGUCGCUAUCUCGUGGCCACAAGAGAGAUUCUCCCAGGAGAGCCCCUGGUGAAGGAGGAUGCUUUUGUGAGUGUUCUUAACCCAGGAGAACUGCCACCACUGCAUCACAGCCUAGAGAGCAAAUGGGACACCAGAGUUACCAAUGGGGACCUCUACUGUCACCGAUGCUUGAAGCACACUCUGGCCACAGUUCCCUGUGAUGGAUGCAGCUAUGCCAAGUAUUGCAGCCAAGAGUGUUUGCAGCAGGCCUGGAAGCUCUACCAUAGGAUAGAAUGUCCUCUAGGUGGGCUGCUUCUCACACUGGGUGUGUUUUGCCACAUUGCCCUGAGGUUGACUCUCUUGGUGGGAUUUCAGGAUGUCAGCAAAAUCAGGAAGCUUUGUGAUGAGUUUAGUAAUAAGGACAUACCUGAAAGCAGCAAUUGGGUUAAGACACUUAAUUCUGGCCUAGGGGAGAUUGAGAAAAAUGGCAAAAUCGUUGAGACCCCAAUUCCUGGAUGCGAUGUUAAUGGGAAGUAUGAAAGUAAUUAUCAGGCUGUCUUCAACCUUUUGCCCCAUACUGAAAACCAUAGCCCAGAGCACAAAUUCCUCUGCGCGCUCUGUGUUUCUGCACUGUGCAGGCAGCUAGAAGCAGCCAGUUUCCAGCCCGUCACAACAGGUGCAAGCUCCUCCCAGCUGAAAGCAGCAGUGGCGCCUGAGUUGUGUCCAGACAUGACUGUUUGGGGUGUGGUGAUGCUCCGACACAUGCUCCAGCUACAGUGUAACGCCCAGGCGAUAACCACCAUACUGCACACAGGAUCUAAAGAGGGCAUUGUCACUGGCAGCAGGCAGGUGCGCCUGGCCACGGGCAUCUUCCCUGUCAUCAGCCUCCUGAACCACUCCUGCAGCCCCAACACCAGCGUGUCCUUCGUGAGCACGGUCGCCACCAUCCGGGCAUCACAGCGGAUUGGAAAGGGGCAAGAGAUUCUCCACUGCUACGGGCCUCACAAGAGCCGGAUUGGGGUGGCCGAAAGGCAGCAGAAGCUGAGGUCUCAGUAUUUCUUUGACUGCACCUGUCCAGCUUGUCAGACUGAGACACGCUGUAUGGCUGCAAGGCCCAGGUGGGAGGCUUUCUGCUGCAACAGCUGCAGAGCGCCCAUGCAGGGAGAUGACGUGCUGAGCUGUGGCCGCAGAGGCUGUGCAGAAUCCGUCCGCAGGGACCACCUCACCUCUCGCUUACAGGACCUUCGGCAGCAGGUUGGAAUGGCCCAGAAGCUUCUCAGCGAUGGUAAACUAGAGCCAGCCAUUCAGCAGCUGUCAUGGUGCCAGCAUGAUGCUGGGAGCUUCCUGUCGGCAGAGCACGCCGUGCUGGGAGAGAUCGAAGAUGGCCUGGCCCAGGCCUGUGCUGCCUUAGGGGACUGGCAGAAGUCAGCUACCCAUCUACAGAACAGCCUCCGAGUGGUUGAGGCUCGCCACGGGCCGUCCAGUGUUGAAAUGGGCCAUGAGCUUUUCAAGCUGGCCCAGAUCUUUUUCAAUGGACCUCUCCAAACUGGCGAGUAGAAUACAGACACUAUGAGAAAUGGGAGCUGCAGGGUUUCCGGAAAUGCUGAGGUCAUGGAUGCUGCUGUUUGUGGUUCAGACUUAGGAGACGUUCGAGACCAGCCUGGCCAAUAUGGUGAGACCCCGUUUCUACUAAAAAUACAAAAAUUGGUGGUUGGCGUCUGCAGUCCCAGCUACUCAGGGACCUGAGGCAGGACAAUCGCUUGAACCCGGGAGGCAGAGGUUGCAGUGAGCCAAGAUCGUGCCAUUGUACUGCAGCCUGGCAACAGAGCAAGACUUCAUCUCAAAAAAAAAAAGCGAGACAGAAGGUAGGGAUGAUGGAUCUCUUCCACCAGGAUGUGUAGCAGUAGCCCAGACUGACCACUGGUGACCAAGUAGUUGAGGUGCGUUAGUUGGAAAGAAUGCCAGCUCCAUGCUGCUUUUGAGAGUUUCCAGCCUGACCAGGCCCAAGAAGUGCCCAUCAGUUGCCACUGCACUAUGAUCAGGAAAUCAGUAGCCCCGCAGACACCUGCCAGUAGGGUUUAGGAACCUGUUUGAAAUACAACUAGCACUCAAACGUGUUGAAUGAGGGGCAGGGCAGGCAGAACAUCAUUUCUCCCUUUGACAAGGGAGUGGCCAGUGGUUUUUUGGUAGAGCUUUUUCAAGAAAAAAUUGUCAUCUUGCAGACAGUCCAGUAGCCCCUCCUUUUUUUUUUUUGAGACAGUUUUGCUCUUGUUACCCAGGCUGGAAUGCAAUGGCGCAAUCUCGGCUCACCGCAACCUCUGCCUCCUGGGUUUAAGCAAUUCUCCUGCCUCAGCCUCCUGAGUAGCUGGGAUUUCAGGCACGUGCCACCAUGCCCAGCUAUUUUUUUGUAUUUUUAAUAGAGACGGGGGUUCACCAUGUUGACUAGGAUGGUCUCGAUCUCUUGACCUCGUGAUCCACCCACCUCGGCCUCCCAAAGUGCUGGAAUUACAGGCUUGAGCCACUGCGCCUGGCUUGGUAGCCCCUCUACUUCAAACACUGGGCAUGCUUCAUGCUCCUGGAAAGCCCCAUUGUCCUUUGUAAAAGAGGGAUGCCUCCUUACAAAGAACAGGAUUAGAAUCUUGCCUUCUCAGGUACAUUUUCUGUGUCCUUGGAAGCUUUCUUUAAAUGACGUGUAAAAUAAUGAUCUCCUUAAGUUACAGAUGGCUUCUCAUCUGCCCAUGUGUGGUUUCUAGCAUGCUUCACUGAUUACGGGAGCAGGAAAUGCCCUCCCAGGAGGAUUACUGGUCCUAGUACAGAAACACCCCAGAGCAGAGAAGCGUUCCCUGCUUUAUCCAACACAGAUAACUAAAAGUCCUUUUCUUUUUUUUUUUUCUUACUCUGUCACCCAGGCUGGAGUGUAGUAGCACGAUCUCGACUUACCGCAACCUCUGCCUCCAGGGUUCAAGCGAUUCUUCUGCCUCAGCCUCCCGAGUAGCUGGGACUACAGCGGAGUGCCACCAUACCCAGCUUUUUUUUUUUUUUUUUUUGUAGAGAUGGGGUUUCACUGUGUUAGCCAGAAUGAUUUUGAUCUGACCUCAGGUGAUCCACCCACCUCCGCCUUCCAAAGUGUUGGGAUUACAGGCAUGAGGCACCGCUGCCAG